CGUUAAUCAAGACAGCCACUUUACCGGAAGAGCAACUGGUGCGAGUUUAAAGCUAAUGGACGAGGAAGCGAUAUUUGUUUAGGUUUUAGUCUCGAAAUCACGCACAGACACUGUGUUUUUGUUACGUAGAGUGACUCCUUGUUGAACCCUCACGAUGCCUUUGUUCGCCCAGAACCCUUUCGACCAAGAUGUCGAGAAGUCGACCAAUGAAACCAACACGGCAGACGACUGGGGGCUCAUUAUGGACAUCUGCGACAAGAUUGGAUCGACACCCAACGGACCUAAGGACAGCCUGAGGUGCAUCAUGAAGCGAGUGAACCACAAAGUGCCCCACGUCGCCAUGCAGGCCCUCAAUCUGCUCGGCGCUUGUGUGUCGAACUGCGGCAAAAUCUUCCACUUGGAAAUCUGCUCCCGGGAGUUCGCCAGUGAAGUACGGAGCGUUGUGAACAGAGCCCACCCCAAGGUGUGUGAGAAGCUCAAGGCUCUGAUGGUGGAGUGGGCAGAGAGCUUCCAGAAGGACCCUCAGCUCAGCCUCAUCGGCGCCACCAUCAAGUCUCUGAGGGAGGAGGGCGUGAGCUUCCCCACGGCGUCCUCACAGGGAUCCACCACAAAGGUCGUGGGCACACCUGCUGUGGGCAAAGAAGCGGAUGAUGACAACCUGGCCAAAGCCAUCGAGCUGUCCUUGCAGGAGCAGAAGCAGCAGGUGGAGACACGCCCCCUGGCCACGACCUCUGACCCCCCGCUCUACACCAACGGCAGCGGGGGGCAGGAGGCCCGGAAGGUGAGGGCGCUGUACGACUUCGAGGCGGCCGAAGACAACGAGCUGACCUUCAAAGCUGGAGAACUCAUUCUGGUUCUGGACGACAGCGACCCAAACUGGUGGAAAGGAGAGAACCACCGAGGAGUCGGGCUUUUCCCUUCCAACUUCGUCACCACCAACCUGAACGCUGAGCCGGAGCCGGAGGCGUUGGUGGAAAAGGCUUCGGGUCCAGAAGAGGCCACCCAGGAGGCCCGAGCUGAGCCCGAGCCCGUCUGCAUCGACGAGGAGAAGAUGGACCGGACUCUGGCCCUGCUGCAGGACGCAGACCCCGCAGACCCGGCUCCGGACCCUCAGGAGCUGAUCCAGCUGGAAGGUGCAUGUGAGCAGAUGAACCCCAUGAUCGACGAGCGGCUGCAGGAGAUUGACAGGAAGCACUCUGAGCUGUCGGAGCUGAACCUGAAGGUUCUGGAGGCGCUGGAGCUCUACAACAAGCUGGUGAACGAGGCUCCGUUCUACUCCGCCUACUCCAAGAUGCAGGCGCAGUACGGUGCAGCCGGCUCCGCCAUGCAGGGCUACCUGGGCCCCCCCGGCCCCCCCUACCUACCUCCGGCCCCCCCUGCUCAGCCCUACUCUCUGCCCAGCGACCAGCCGGCACCGCUGCACUCGCUGCCCCCCAACGGCCACGCCCAGCCGUACAUGAGCUCCGCGAUGAACCCUCAGUACAUGAACCCGGCCGCCGGAGCUCCGUACCAGCACCCGGUGGGCGUGGACAUGUCCGCCUAUCACAGCGCCGCCGUGCCGCCGGGGGCCUACCCGGUGACCGCCCCCCCACACCAGGCUCCUCCCCCUCAGCAGCAGCAGGCGUACUACCAGCAGCCUCUGCUGUAAAAGUGUGUGUGUGUGUGUGUGUGUGUGUGUGUGCGUGCGUCCUCAGCGUGAAGCCAAAAAACAAAACCCUCGUCUGGAGUCUCCUCUUGUCCGUCACUUUUUUCCCAGCUGUCUUUGAACGCAGCGCCGGUCUUCACUGAGGAGGAAGAUGAUGAAGAGGAGGAGUUGGGUUUUCCAGCCUCCAAUACAGGACCAUGUCUGAUUUUUGCAAUUCAUACAACCAAUUUGAGAGUUGAACCCUCGUCCACACGGAAGGAGAUGAGGAGAAGCUUCUGGUCUUCACCGCCCUCCUGUAGUUUGGUCUCAACUCAAACCCCAUUUGACUCAUUUCCUUCACUCGGUUCCUUCACUCUUCACUCGGUUCCUUCACUCUUCACUCGGUUCCUUCACUCUUCACUCGGUUCCUUCACCCUUCACUCGGUUCCUUCACUCUUCACUCGGUUCCUCCACUCUUCACUCGGUUCCUUCACUCUUCACUCGGUUCCUUCACUCUUCACUCGGUUCCUCCACUCUUCACUCGGUUCCUCCACUCUUCACUCGGUUCCUUCACUCUUCACUCGGUUCCUUCACCCUUCACUCGGUUCCUUCACUCUUCACUCGGUUCCUCCACUCUUCACUCGGUUCCUUCACUCUUCACUCGGUUCCUUCACUCUUCACUCGGUUCCUCCACUCUUCACUCGGUUCCUUCACUCUUCACUCGGUUCCUUCACUCUUCACUCGGUUCCUCCACUCUUCACUCGGUUCCUCCACUCUUCACUCGGUUCCUUCACCCUUCACUCGGUUCCUUCACUCUUCACUCGGUUCCUUCACUCUUCACUCGGUUCCUUCACCCUUCACUCGGUUCCUUCACUCUUCACUCGGUUCCUUCACUCUUCACUCGGUUCCUUCACCCUUCACUCGGUUCCUUCACUCUUCACUCGGUUCCUCCACUCUUCACUCGGUUCCUUCACUCUUCACUCGGUUCCUUCACUCUUCACUCGGUUCCUCCACUCUUCACUCGGUUCCUCCGUCACUCGACCUGAAACGUGGUUCAUUUGAAAACCAUCUGAAUUGAUGUGAAGUUCUUGUUUUUAAGCCUGAAGGUGAAUCCAUCCUUCAUUCUUCUUCUGUGAUUUAAAUCUGAGGGACACGGUAGAGAAGCUCCUUCAGGACAAGUGAGCCGGUCUGUGGUUGUUGUUGUUGUUGUUGUUGUUGUUCCUCACCAGCAUCCAUCACUUUAGCUCAUCUCCUUUUAGAAGAGAAGUCUAACUCUGAGAGAUGAACUGCUCUGAGUGAACGCUCCUGAGCUUCACGACGCGUUCAUAUUAAGGUUCUCGUGUGCGUUGGAGGCGCUCCGAUAACCGGUUCUCCGAUAACGAGUUCUCCGAUAACGAGUUCUCCGAUAACCGGUUCUCCGAUAACGAGUUCUCCGAUAACCGGUUCUCCGAUAACCGGUUCUCCGAUAACGAGUUCUCCGAUAACCGGUUCUCCGAUAACGAGUUCUCCGAUAACCGGUUCUCCGAUAACGAGUUCUCCGAUAACCGGUUCUCCGAUAACGAGUUCUCCGAUAACCAGUUCUCCGAUAACAACGAGUUCUCCGAUAACCGGUUCUCCGAUAACGAGUUCUCCGUUAACCGGUUCUCCGUUAACCGGUUCUCCGAUAACGGGUUCUCCGAUAACCAGUUCUCCGAUAACGAGUUCUCCGAUAACCAGUUCUCCGAUAACAACGAGUUCUCCGAUAACCGGUUCUCCGAUAACGAGUUCUCCAUCGUGAACCGAAGGCGUUCUUUGUUUAUUAAUCUGGUGAAGUUGCUUCAUCUAUUCAUAAUUAUGACGUCUUCACCUUCCUGCCUGUGAGGAGCUUCAUGCACGAUACUGAAUGUUCACGUUGUUAAACAUGUCAAUGACAUCGCCUGUACUCUGUAUGUGUGUGUAUAUAUAUGUGUAUAUAUGUAUGUAUAUGUAUAUAUAUAUA